UGCAUUGCGGUAAACGGAACGACAUCCUGAGUUGAAAGUUCAAAGCGCUCACAUGCGUGUGUAGUAGACUGGUAGGGACUAUCGAGUAUGGGGACUGUUUUAAUAUGAAAGUACGUUUAGUGGAUACUUUUGCGUGUUUACCCGUCGGCUUCUCCGUGUGUCCAGUAUGUCCGUGAACGCAUCAAAACACGAUCUGAUCCAGCUGAUCUACCGACAUUUGAAGGAGCAUGGUUUCCACUCAGCUGCAGAUGAGCUACAGAGGCACAGCCCACAGGAGGGGGAGACAAGAACAUCUGCAUCAUUAUUGGACAUCUACAAUUCCUGGUUAAAUGACUCAAAAAAAGCCAAGCGCUCUAAUUUUAAAGAACCUGGGAGGACUCCAGUCAAAGCUGCAAAAAUCCGAACUCCGAUCAGCUCCAACCAGAUUCAAGCUGGGGACGAUGGCCGCUCAGAUAGCGAGGAGCUGAGUCAGAGUCUACUGCCGCAGACUCCCUCUGCGUCCAGUAAAAAGUCAGCCCCCAGGACUCCGGUAAAACCAGUGGCAGCAGCAUCUCCAAGCAAACAGAAACCAGUGAGCCCAGUAACGACUGUGGCUGCAGCUCCAGGCGAGUCCAGUGAAACCACGGACAUAUCGGAGAACGAAGAGAAUACGCCAGCUGUGGUCAAAACUCCCAAGAAGAAGAGCAGCAGCACUAAGCACGAAGCUCCAGCUGCUGCACUAACAGCACCACCUGUUGCCACGCCCAAGAAAAAGAAGACGGAUAAACCCGCAACACAAAUAAAGAAGCUUGUGCCAGCGAAACGGAAAAAGUCUGAAGGCAAAUCUGCAGAAAAUGUCCUCAAGGCGAAGAAAUCAAAAACCCCAUCGAAAGUCGAGGUUGUGGCCGCUGGAGGAGAUGAUUCAGACUCUGACAGCAGUUUGGAUGUGGAGAAGUGGAAGAAGCUGGUCUUUCAGAUGACAGAGGCUGACGUAGCCAAAAUGGAUACCAUCAAUGCUCUGGACUGCUCUGCGCCACAACCUGACAAGAAGAGAGUGAGGAAACCCCGGGCCAAGCCUCCUGCAAAAACGGCCACGCCGAGUCAACAAAAUAAGGGGAUUUUUGAAAAGAGUGAAAAGGUGGAAGAGAAAGCCAUGACGGAAACACCAGCAAAGAAUAUUAAACCCAAGAAGAGCAGACCAAAAACCUCUGCACCUGUGACCAUCAUCACCCUGAGCCAAGAGCAGCACAUGAGCUUUGCAGAGGACAGACCUGCAACAUCCACCCUCUCUCCAUCAAAACAGACCCCAACAAAAGAGAAAAGGAAAGACGUGACUCCCAGUGAAGAGAAAACUGAUGAGACAACAUCUGAGCCUAAGAAGAAGAAGAAGAAGAAGAAAGAGACGACUGAAGACAUGUUGGAUGAGAGCGCGAACGUAAACGGUGAGGAUGGCAAAUACAAAGACGACACAAAGGAAAAGAAAAAGAAGAACGAAAUCACGGAGCAAGAGUUUAGUGAUAAAUCCACAGAGGAGAAGAAAAAGGCAAAAGGAGAUGACAAAAGGAAUGAGACUGCGGGUGAGAAUUCAGAGCAGACACCUGAAGAAAAGAAAGCAAAGAAGAAGAAGAAAAAGACAGCUGAGAGAGAGGAAAAUUCAGAGCAGAUAACGGAAAACGUCAAAGAAAAUGCAGAGCAGGUAGCGGAAGAGAGGAAACCAAAAAAGAAAAAGACAGUCGGUCACGAGGAAAAUUCAGAGCAAAAAGUUGAAGAAGACAAAGAAAAUUCCGAGCACGUGACUGAGGAAGUAAACGAAAAUACAGACCAACCAACGAAGAAGAAGAAAAGGGAGAAGACUGACGGGGAAGAAAACUCAGAGCAGUUAGUCAAAAAAAAGAAAAAGAAAAAGAAAGACAAAGCUGAUCAUAAUGAGGAGGCGUCGGAGCAGAUAGUCAAAGACCAUACGGCACAGAAAUCAGAGAGUGUAGAGAGCAGUGACAGGGAGGAAAAGCUGGAGCAGGUGAAGAAGAAAAACAAAAAGGACUCAUCAGCUGAGCCACCACCUCCACCCAGUCCCGAGACACCAAGUCUUCAAACAGAGAAGAAGAAAAAGAAAAGCAAGUUGAAAUCAGCUGAAGUCCCGGAAACACCUGCAGUUUCUGUCCAGGACUCUGCGGCAGCACAAACCCUCCAAACGCCCUCAGGUGACACCCGCAAAAAGAAAAAGAAAUCCUCCAAGAGCACAGAGACGUGAAGAUGUUUGAUUCUUCUUCACUGCACAACCAAAGGAUGAAAUGCAUCCUUUCCAUCCCAUCUCCACUGUUAGAGGGAUCACUUAAAACUGUAAAGUGAAAAUUUAAUUUUGUUGUUUGUUUUUUAUUUGGUUAUGUUUUUACCCAGAGAGUGUGGCACACAGCUGUUAUGUCUUUUUUUUUUUGUUUGUUUUAAACGGUAUUGCCAUUUUAAUGGCAUGACUUUAUAUUUGGACUGGAUUUAUAACUGAUUGUUUAAUUGAAUGGAUGAUGAUAUUUCUUUACAAACUGAAAUUCAGUCAUUGAUCAGAAACUGUCUCUCUCAAACAUUCUGUCUCAGGAUUUCUUGCCUCGUCCUAAAAAUAGACUGACUAACUGGGGGGAGAAAAAAUAAUACAUCACAAUAUUUUUAAGGUUUUUAACAGCCUAUAAAAACACAUGUUUUUUUUAAACAAAAGUUUUACAUGUUUGAUAAAUCUUUCUUAUAGGCGCUGCACAUUUUGCUUUUGAUGCAAAUUAAACUCCAUAUUUUUUU